GGCAUGUCAGUUGUUCAGAGGCAGCCAGUGGGGAGAGUCACGCUUACUCUCCCUCCGCUCUCCCUCCCUCUCCCCGCCUCUUUAGCGCGCGAGAAACAAGAGUGAGAGAGAUUAAAGCUAGUUCUAAUACCGCGAGUGGACAUAAUGUGUUGGUGACAGAGAGAGAGAGAGAGAGAGAGAGAGAGAGAGAGAGAGAGAGAGAAUUUUAAGAAAGUGUUUCUCAUGGAUUAUUUCAACAAGAUGGAGGCCGGCGGAGGGUUUGUGAGAGCGGGUCUUCUUGGACUCACUCAAGGCGUGUCCCUCCACGAUCCACUUCGCCUCCACCACGCCCUCCACACCCAGGCCUCUGACAGCGUGAAGGAGGCUACCACAACCACCUCCCUCCUUAGACCCCUCACAGAAUAUCCACAUCUUCCACUUUUACCCUUCACCGCUCCACCUUUUCUCCACCCGCACUUAGACCCACGCCUCCCCUUCACCCCUUCAGCCUUUCAUCCACUCCACACGCACCAUGACGCCCAUCAACGCGCCCACGACCCCCAUGGCAAGCUUCCACCUCCACAUACUCCAAAUCUUAGUGGAUCAGCUUUCUCUCCACUUCCCGCUAAGACAGCCAAGAUGGAAGACAACGCCUGCUCCUCCUCCAUUCCCUCCUCCUCCUCCAGUUUAUUCUCCCCUGCUCUCCUCGCCUCUCUGGACCCCCGCGCGGCGUUUCUAAGUGGAGGAGGUGGAGGAGGAGGUGGAAUAGGGGUGCUGGAUGAAAGAAGAGACUCCCCAUCACCCCGCGGAUCACACGGCUCCAGGGAAUCACCAGGACACGCAAGGGAUACUGACACACCAAACUCCUGCAGUGAUGAACCCAAAGGACGCAAGGCGCGCCCCGGGGAGUCUUGGUGCCCCGUGUGUGGCGUCACUCUGCGGGCGGGGGAGCUGGACGCCCACCUCACCCACGAGCUGGAGAAGCUGGCACGCCUCCCCCACGCCCGGCCCCCGUCACAUCGCACGCCCACGCCCACUCAAGCCACGCCCACAGCGCCCACUCAAGCCACGCCCUCAACGUCAGGUGUGGGCGGCGUGGCGUCUCCUCUCAGCCCACAUCUGCCGCCCCAUGCCCGUUCACACGCCCGCGACCCAGGCUGGGAUACGUACCAGCGGGUGAGAGCCAACAGACAAGUAAGGUUACGGGCGAAGAAGAGGAGAUCGGGGCGGGGCGACGAGUGUGGACCUGCCUGCCCCGUGUGUGGGGAGAGGAUACCAGCGUCCACCCCGGAGGACCUCAAUGCUCAUGUGGAGACCUGCCUGCGACGGUCUGGCGCCCCCGGUCUUCUCCAGCCAGGAGUGGAAGAUGAGGUGGUUGAUGUGGAAGGGGACGGCCCGUACGAGGACUUUGAGUGGUGUGGGGGGCAAAGGAGGGGGCGCGUCUCCCUCUUAAGGCCACAGUCACAAUUGCUAGAGCGCCACAGAGAAGGAGGAGAGCGGACAGGAGACGCGGAGAUGACCAGUGGAGGAGGAGGAGGAAGUGGAGGAGGUGGAGGAGGAGGCAACGCGGAGGGGACGGACGCGGGUGGAGGAGAGGGAGGAGGUGGAGGAGGAGGAGGAAGCCGAGUGGAGCCGAUGAGCGUGGAGUUGGAGGCACUGAAGGAAAAAGUGAGAGUGUUGGAGAGAGAUGGAGGGGGGGCGGCCGCUCCCUCUAAAUUCCUCUGCAUAGUUUGUCAGACGGAAUAUGACAGACCAGCAGUAUCUGUAGUGUGUUGGCAUGUGUUGUGUGAAGCUUGCUGGGCACACUCGCUGGGUUCCAAGAGUGAGUGUCCACAGUGCUCCCACAGCGUUUCCCCCGAGGACCUGCGCGCCAUCCACUUGUGACCACCCACACCAGCAUAGCAGCCGCCCGCGCCCACGCCCACGCACACACCCACGCAUACACCCACGCAUACACCCACGCAUACACCCACGCACACCCACGGCCGCCCAUACCCCUUCCCACUCUCCCUCCCACACGCCCAUGACCAUCUCCUCCGCAUCCACUUCUACGUCACACACGCACACACACACGCACACGCACGCCCACACGCACAUGUCUACCUCACUCAUCUCCACCCCCACGUGUUUUCUCACCCCACACGCGCGCCCUCACGCCCGCACGCCCAUAGUGAACACUUGCCUUCCUCUCCCACUCUCAUUCCUCACACUGCCACGCCCACAAACUAUCUAUAUUCUUAAACCCAUAUCUGAACCACACGCCCACGCCCAUACCCACACGCCCACACCCCGUUCUAGCUCACCCAUACUACCCCCUCCAACACCCACAUCCCCUCCCCCCGCCUCUCCUUCACCCAAUACACAGGUAAACAAUGUCCUCUAAAUGUCAACUUUGUUAAUGUCACGUAAGGCAGAAAGCGUGACUCGGGCGUGACUGGGUGAGUGUGACUGGCGCCCUCGGGUCAUUUGGGGUCAUAAGGUCACGUGGGGUCAGGAGGUCACGAGGUCAGGUCAUUGUACACCGUGACAAGAGCUAUACAUGUUUUGUUCUUGUUUUUUCCUGUUUUUAGGAAAUUUGGGAAAAAAGGAGAGGAAAAAAAUUUGUAAAAAUGUGGUUUGUUUUAAAAUGUACAGAUUAAUUUUUUUUUUAUUAUUAUUUGUGUAUUUAUUUAUUUUUUUUUUUAUUUAAUUGAGUGCUGGGAAAAUCUAUGUAUGUGUGUAUGUCUGUGUGUCUGUGUGUCUGUAUGUCUGUAUAUGUAUUUUUUUAAAGAGCUAUUGUAUUAAACUCUAUGAUUUAUUUGUGUAUUUUCUCAUUUUUUAAUAUUUUUUGAGAUGAAAAAUAAGCAAAAAUAAAAAAGAAAUUCGAUUAUUUUGACUUCAGAAAAACGAAAAUGAAAAAAUCUGAUAAAUUUUGGAAAAUAUUUUGUGUUUAGUGAAAUAAGAACACAAAAAUUAGUUAUUAUUAUUUUUUUCAUUAUUUCAACUUCCUUUUCAAAUAAUUUCGUCUCUCUCUCUCUCUCUCUCUCUCUCUCUCUCUCUCUCUCUCUCUCUCUCUCUCUCCACAAGCUCAAUUCUGUUCAUUAUUAUUUUUUUUUUCAUAUUUUUUGCUUAUUUUUCAUUUGUUUGCUUAUUUUCCCACUCCUAAUGUAAAGAAAACGGGGACAAGAUGGCGGCAACCUUAUAGAAAACGGAACUUUGUAUAAAAAAAACUUAUAUAUGUCAAAAAUAUGAAUUCUUGGUCAAUUUUAAGUGUUCUGUGUGUGUGAGUGUGUGUGUGUGUGUGUGUGUGUGUGUGUGUGUGUGUGUGUGUGUGUGUAUGUACGGCGCCACCCUAUCCUAUUCCUCCCCUCUCUCU